AUGAUCGAGGAGCUCAGCUGGUGGCUAGACAACAUAGAUCAGAGUUCCCCAAUAUACUACCCUACACCAACAGUAUUUAUAACAACAGUUCGCUAUUGCUCCCCAACCCUUGUCGGCUGCGUAGCCGACAAGGGUUGGGGAGCAAUAGCGAACGGACAACAUCUGUGGGGUUUGUGGGCCCCUCGUCAACAAAAGUGGCACAGCAACCAGAAGGAACUUUGGACAGUUUACGAAGUCUUAAGUCGGUUGGGACCCAAAAUACAGGGAAAAUCGCUAAUGUUACAAACCGACAAUCGUACGAGUGUAGCCUAUGUCAUGAAACAGGGAGGUACAAAGUCCUUGAUUCUGCUACAAACAGUAACGAAAAUACUAGAACUCUGUCGAAAAUUGCGGUGUCACAUAACAGCUCGUUACAUACCGGGUCAGUACAACGGGAUAGCGGACGGGCUAUCGAGAGCAAGAGCCCUCCCAGAGUGGCAUCUCAACAAAAUAGCGUUGAAAGCAAUCUUGCAGGAAUUGGGCUAUCCCGAAAUCGAUUUGUUUGCUUCCAAAAACUCGGCGAUCGUACCAGCUUACGUCAGCGAAGACGCGACGGACGAAAAGAGCCAAUUCACCGACGCAUUCAGCCGAACAUGGCGCUACCAGUUGGGUUGGAUCUUUCCCCCGCCUGCACUCAUCCCCCAAGUACUACGGCACUUGAAAUUAUCAGAAGGCCAUUAUCUCCUUGUAACUCCAACAUGGUCUCGAGCGUUCUGGGAACCAGAGGUACGGAGACGAGCGAUGGGAUCUCCAUUCAGAAUACGGAAUUUGCAGUCGAACUUAGUCGACCUACGGACCAACCAGCCGCCACCAGAAGUAGACAAGCUAAAUUUGGUGGUAUGGAAGGUUCAGGGUGGGCAGGCCAAC